GAUUAUUCAUCUUCUAUCAUUUGUGUUGUACGGUUCUUAUUGUGAAAAAAAUACUGUAGUAAACUUGCCAUUUUAUUGUAUUUUAGAAAAUUGGAUUUUGUUUGUUCAAAUUAGUGUAAUUGAUUGUCGAGGAAAAUUAGUAGUGAUACAAAGUGGUGUAUAGCGAUUUUCAGCAAAAUGCAACGCAGCUUUGUACUUUGCGCUGCAAUCGCGCUAUUGGCUGGUACACUCCUUGUGAGUGCAACGCCAAUGUUAGGAGCUAAACAAUGCACAUGGGGACCCAGUUUCUGGUGUAAAAAUCUAACAAAUGCAAAAGGUUGCCAUGCUGUACGUCACUGCAUUCAAACUGUGUGGGAGACUCAAAAUGUACCCGUGGACGACGAUUCUAUCUGUCAGAUUUGCAAAGAUAUGGUAACACAGGCACGCGACCAAUUGCGUAGUAAUGAAACUAUGGAAGAGCUGAAGGAAGUGUUCGAAGGCUCUUGUGCUCUCAUACCGAUCAAAAUUGUAAAGAAGGAAUGCACCAAGUUGGCUGAUGACUUUGUGCCUGAAUUGGUUGAGGCACUCUCUUCCGAAAUGAAUCCAGAUCAAGUUUGUUCGGUUGCUGGCCUUUGCAAUAAUGCGCGUAUCGAUGAAUUGUUGCAAUUCUACUACCAAUCGGCUUUGGAUGGCACAUUGGCGGAGGAGAAAUCCGAUGAGUCAAAGGAAAGCAAAGAAGUGGAUGCUAUAGCUCCCCAACAGCAGCACCUGCUUACUUGCAGCAAUUGCAACCAUUUGGGCUCACUUAUUACAGAGAAAUUCAACAAAGCCAAUCGCGAUGAAAUUCUCGAAAAUAUUUUGCAUCUCUGCGGUGAAAUGUCGUCCUUCUCUGAUGCCUGUUCCAAUAUUGUACUUACUUAUUUCAAUGAUAUUUAUAAUCACAUGAAGGAGCACUUGAAUGCUGCUGGCAUAUGCCACAUGUCGGGUUCGUGCGCUGCCAAUUAUCACAAACACGCCGAAGAUCCCACAGAGCCAGAAGAUGCUGUUGCCCUCGCAUCCAGUUUGGGCGAUGAUAUACCAUGCAAAUUGUGCGAACAAUUAGUACAACAUUUACGUGACGUGUUGAUUGCCAAUACAACCGAAUCUGAAUUUAAAGACGUAUUGCAUGGCUUGUGCAAUCAAACCAAAGGUUUCCGCGAGGAAUGCAACAGCUUGGUGGAUCAGUACUAUGAUGUUAUCUAUAAUGCAUUGGUAAACAAUUUGGAUGCUAAUGGUGCUUGCUUUAUGAUUGGUGUGUGCCCGAAAGGUAAUGCUGAGGCGUUCAAAGGUGAAAUCAGGCCAUUGUUGCCUUCCGUGCAACCAGCUGAAAUCAAAGUGACACUACGUAAAUUGGGUGCGAACGAACCGAAAUUCACACAGGAGGAGAUACAUGCUAUGACCUUGCCAAUUGAUACAUUGAUGGGUGCAGCUAAUCCUGGACUGCUGGUAGAUAACGGAGAGUUAUGCACAUUCUGUGAAUAUGUGCUGCAUUAUAUUCAAGUCGAAUUGUCGACGUCAACCACAGAGGACAAAAUCAAGGAUGUCGUUAAUAACAUUUGCAGCCGUUUGGGUCGCACACUUCGUGGCGAAUGCCACAAUUUCCUUGAUAUGUACGGCGAUGCUGUGAUUGCGCUCCUCGUUCAAGGUCUCAAUCCACGUGAAGUCUGUCCUAAAAUGAGAAUGUGCCCAGCCAAUCACGAAAAUUUCGAUGACGUAGAGAUAUUUGCGCCGAAAAUUUCUAAGCCUUCAGUAAGCGAAAUGCAACACGUUGAUGAAAGCGAUAAACCCACAUGCCCACUUUGCCUGUUUGCUGUCGAACAAGCGCAAGAAAAGAUUAAGGACAACAAGUCAAAGGCAAACAUCAAGAAUGUGCUCGAUAAUUUGUGUGCACAUUUACCGUCGAAAUUAAAAUCCGAAUGUGUUGAUUUUGUUGAAACCUAUAUGAACGAACUCAUCGACAUGUUGAUCACCGAUUUUAAGCCACAAGAGAUCUGUGUUGCUAUAAAACUAUGCCAAAACUCAAGCGAUGAGCUGAAUGAGUUGGGCAUUAGUUUGGAAAGCAAUAGCCGCGAAGAAGGAGUAAAUGAAAUCGAUAGCAAUGAUUCCGUGGAACUUGCAUUUGGACGCAUUGAACCGCCCAAUUGUUUGUUAUGUGAGGAGGUCAUUAAGAUUGCCGAGAAAAGAAUUGGCAAGCACACAACCAAGGAUGAAAUUAAGAAAUCCCUGGAUCAUUCUUGCGAUAAACUUCGCAAAAAUUUACGUGAUAAAUGCCAUAAAUACAUAGCUAAAUAUGGGGAUAAAAUCGCCGAUUUGUUGGUUAAGGAAAUGGCACCGAAAAUGAUUUGCCGCGAGAUCGGUUUGUGCAUUUGGAGCGAACAAGAGGAUCUGGAUAUCGAUGAGGCAUUGAAGUAUGAUGUUGUUGUAUUGCCCGGUCAAAAGUAUGCGCCACACAACGAUCGUUUUGUCGGCAUGGAUGAUAUGGUGAACGAUCCACCCACUUGUGUGCUAUGUGAAUUUGUCAUGACUAAACUAGAAUCCGAAAUAAAAAACGCAUCGACCCAGGAGGAAAUUAAACACACUGUUGAGAAUAUUUGCAAAAUUAUGCCGAAAACUGUUACUAAAAGCUGCAACAAAUUCAUCGAUCAAUAUACCAGCACGAUUUUAGCGUUGAUCGGCAGCGUACCACCCAAAAUGAUGUGUCAACAAAUGCAAUUGUGUUUCGCUGGACUGGAUGUGGUUAGCGAUGAGGUCAUUGAAUGCGGCGUUUGUCAUGGCGCCACAUCUGCUCUGCUGCCAUACUUCAAGCAACAUUUGGACCACGAGUCCAUUACGGAGUACUAUAUGCUUUUGGAGGGUUGUCAAGUACUCGAUGCCAAAUAUUACGAUAUUUGUAACCACAUGAUUAGAACAUACGGCCAGAGCAUAUUGAAUCUGGCACAGGGUGGCGAAACUGAUGAAUCAAGCAUUUGCGCAAAGAUUGGCAAGUGCUUUAGCGGCGAGAAAUCAAGCUUAGCCUUUGCCAGAGUUUCCGCUUAAAAUCGCUUUUUAGAAGUUUUAAAGUAAACACGAUGGACGAAGGCGAACUAAUUAUGUGUGAUGCAAUUGACUUCUUUUGAACCAUUAUUUUUACUUAAAAUUUCUGAAAUCUGUGUACUAUUUUAAUUUCAUAUACACAAAUUAGAUUACCUAUGUAUGUAAAGAACGCGGAAGUUUACUUUUAUUGUUUACUACUAAAUUAUCAUUGACACGUUCUACCAUUAUGAAUAAAAAAAGAUAAAUUGCACCUUUGCAUAUUCAAUUUAUGAAUGCAUAUUUUAAUUGCUUAAGUGCUGCGGUAAUUUGAAUGGUUUUGUAUAAAGCUUGGUUGAGAAACUUGAAGUAUGAAAUGGUACCAAAAUUUUUAUAGGAACGCAAAAGUUUUAUGUUAAUAAGAAUAACAAAA